CGUGGAGCUAUGGGAGGCCUGGAGAAGAAGAAGUAUGAACGAGGCUCUGCUACCAACUACAUCACCCGAAACAAAGCCCGGAAGAAGCUGCAGCUGAGCCUGGCUGACUUCAGACGGCUGUGCAUCCUGAAGGGCAUUUAUCCUCAUGAACCCAAACAGAAGAAAAAGGUUAACAAAGGCUCUACAGCAACCGGAACUUUUUACCUCCUUAAAGACAUCAAGUUCCUCCUCCAUGAACCCAUUGUCAACAAGUUCCGGAAAUAGGUGUUUGUCGGGAAGCUCCAGAAGGCAUAUGGGAAGAGCGAGUGGAACACUGUGGAGCAUCUAAAUGACAACAAGCCCAACUACAAACUUGACCACAUUGUCAAGGAGCGGUACCCCACAUUCAGAGAUGCUCUGCGGGACCUGGAUGAUGCCCUCUCCAUGUGCUCUUUCUUAGGAGAAAGAAGAACUUCCCCCCAGAGACUCCUUCAGCAGACUUCCUCUUUCAUCUCAACCAUCAGAACUAAGUCACACACCCAAUCCUAA